AGAAAUCGGUCGGGAUUUUGUUUGUUUCCGUUUUUAAAAUAAUUUUUUUGAACAAAAAAAAUUUCAUACGAGAAGCAUAAUAUGUUGAGAUAUAUGAGCGAUUAAGCAGAGUGGUUUUUUAAUACAGAAUAAUCAAGUGGUUCACAGUUUUACCAAUUGGACUAAGUUGCCAAAAUAUAGUAAAUUAGUUACUAGUGACUCGUCCAUAUCAACCGCGACCGUUUAAAUCAUAAACAAUUGUGCAUUCAAUAAACAAACAAAACCACAUACAAUUUCAAAUGGUAUUUAGUCACAGAUCAAUGAAUUUCAAUGUAACUGCUUAUGGAAUCAAAUUCGAUCUAAAUAAUAAAGGAGCGCCAGUCUAAAUAGAAAAUUUAUUUGAAAUCAUUUGCUAAAAAGAUUUGAUUGUCAUCCAUCAUCGUCACAUUAGGAUACGAUUUAAAAAAAAAACCUAAAUGCAAAGAGGAAAACUGUUCUACUUUCCGGAUGAAAUAUAAAUGUGAAAAUUUUUGUAUUUAAAUAAAAAUCUAAAUGGAUAUUGUUGUUGCUGGUUAAAAGUCGAUGAUAGUAUCGUAUAGUGUGUGCUUCUAGUUGACUAUACUAUAAAUCCAUUUAUCAAACAUUGUUUCGUAAUGAAGAACAGUCAUCUAUAUUUCGGUUUCGAUUUAUUCUACCAUUCGAAGCGUCAGACAUGUGAAUCAACAUAAUACGCGAAUGUAAAGUUCUUAUGAAUUUUUGGUCAUAAAACAUAUUCUAAUGAGAUACACUUGUACUUGAGUUGAAAAUAUUCCGAAAAAAUAAGGAGGAACAAUGCGGCUUAUGUGGCUUUUUGGCAUCAUCCUGAUUCAAGUCAUCGUUGUACGUUCAGAAUAUGCAAUACGCGAUCGUAUAAAAUUACACAAAGCAUGGCUGGAGAGACGAGCAAUGAUGAAGGCUCAGGACGGAGCGCACAACAACAACACACAAAAAUUAUAUUAUUUUAAUAAACUUCUAUCCAAUCUAAAACUAAAUUCAUCAAUAUCCAGCACGAAUUUUCUGAAAAAACACAAAAAAUUUCGCGCCCAACAAAAUGAAGUCAUCAUAGGCAAUGAUUCCUUGGCGGAUAGUUUUACACAGAACUCGACGAUAGCUCAAUCAGCAAUAUCGGAUGCAUCCGAAUACACUACAAAUUAUCCCAUAACGACCCCAUUCGAACUAACGUCGCCUGCAAUUAAUUCGGUGGAUACAACAUUAGUGAUUCCGCCCACACUGAAUGGCACCAAACAAGACAAGCCGAAAAAAGACAGACCCAUGAAGUCCAGACGGAAGCAAGUUAUUUGGGGCGCAUGGCAUCCGUGGAGUGAAUGUUCUCGGAGCUGUGGCAGCGGAGUGAUGUCACAACGUAGAGAUUGUAUAAGGUUGCUGCCAAACAAAAAUAGUUCCGGAAACAGUACGACUGCCACAGUUAUUAGCAAAGAAUGCAUCGGAUUGUCGAAACGUUAUCGUCUUUGUAAUGAACAGACUUGUCCCGAUCCGGAUGUUGAUUUCAGACAGCUUCAGUGUAUGGAAUUUAACAAUCAUACGUUUCAGGGUACACAAUAUGAAUGGGAAGCAUAUAUAAAAGACGAUGCUGAAUGUGAAUUAAAUUGCAAGCCCGUUGGUUUAAGUUAUUUUGCAACGUUAAAUGAUCGCGUCAUUGACGGCACUUCAUGCUUCAAACCGUCGGAAUAUUUGAAGCUUAGAAGGAAUCAUGCCGGGAAAGCCAUUUGUGUGGAUGGAAUUUGUAAGGUAAUUCACAGCAAUGGUGUCAUUACUGGAUCAUUUAUGAACAAUGGAGCUGUACGCUGUGGUGAUUUGAUAUGUCGUCCCAUAACCGGACUGUUUUCCAAGAAUCCAUUACCCUCUGGUUAUAUGCAUGUUGCAACCAUUCCAGCUGGAAGUUCGAAUAUUUCAAUUACAGAACUUAAGAAUAGCAUGAAUUUAUUGGCGCUGAGCUAUUCAGACGAUGAUAGAUCAAUUAUCAAUGGGGAACAUACGAUUUCCUCGAGCGGCAUAUACGAAGCAGCAGGUGCAACAUUUGACUAUCAACGCAUUGAUGGAAUCACAAACAAUUCUACUUCAAACUAUCGUAGACUGGAAGGUGUAACCGAGUGGAUUACUUGUACUGGAAGAAUUAACGAGGCCAUACAAUUGAAGGUUUUGUCCAAGGAUAAGAAUCCUGGCAUAAAAUAUGAAUAUUUACUGCCAAUAAACGGUAACUUUGAUUCCAACUCUGACGAAAACUACGAUUACACAUCAUCUGCCGAAACGGAAGCACCACUAACGACACUACCAGCAGCCACACAACGACACACCCUAAAGUCAGGUACCGUUACUGCUAACCCAAUGAAUGUAACACGCGAACGACGACGACGAAAAUUUAUGUGGAAAGUGGUUGACUUCCAUCCAUGCAAUAAAUCUUGUGGUGGUGGCAUCCAAACGCCCAUAUAUCAUUGCGUGAAAGAAGGACCGUCGAAACGAUUUGUUCCGAGACGAUGUGCUCAUCUUGCUAAGCCGAUUCUGAGUGACAGUGUUUUGAAAUGUAACACCCAACCAUGUCCGGCUUAUUGGAAAAUAUCAGAGUGGGGUACUUGUCAAUGCAUUCGUAAUAACGAGACUGGAUUCCAAAAGAGGGACAUCAAAUGUGUUCAAGAACUCGGUACUGGUAUGGUAAUUCAAAUUCCGAACGGAGCUUGUUUGGACGAUAGGCCCGACAGUCGACAGCCUUGCGACUGUCCACGAAGUAAACAAGAUUCGUACAAAUAUCGAGUAUCUCAAGGUGGUUUAAAUUCAAUUAAACAUCGAGGACAUCACUCAAAAAUUGCUAUUUUGAAUGAUGAGAACAACAACAACAUACCGAACCAACCCGAUGCAAUCUAUCGAAAUAAGAAAGCUGGUGUCUGGCUGACCUCUGAAUGGAUUGAACAAUGCACAACUGAAUGCGGUGAAGGUAUUCAAUACCGUUCAAUCUUCUGCGAUCGUUCACCACCCAAUACUGAGAGAUGCGACAUACGCUUCACUCCAGAAACAACAAGGCAAUGCACUGUAACGGAUAAGUGUGACGUUGGGGAGUGGUUUGUUGGAUCGUGGAGACAGUGCUCGGGCGAUUGUUUCAAUUUAACGCAAACACGCGGCGUUCAUUGCAUCAAAAAUGGAUUAAUUGUUGAUGAUUCGAAUUGUGUUGCCGAUUUAAAGCCUGUCGGUGCUCAGAAAUGUAAUAUAAGUCAGGUACCUGAAUGUGGUCCAAGCUGGCAUUACUCUGAUUGGUCGGAAUGCUCGAGACCAUGCGGCUCCGGAUUACAGAAACGAUCAAUCAAAUGUUUGAGCUACGGGCCGAACGGUGAGAUGAAGGAAUCCGAUAACUGCAAACAUAAGAAGCGAAAGCGUGCAUCCGAACCAUGCAACGUUCACAGUUGUGAUGCAACUACUGAGCCAACACCUGAUCCGCGUGUAGAUUUGAUACAAAAUGAUAUUGCCCCAGAAUGCAAAGAUGAACUACCAAACUGUCUAUUCGCGGUGAAACAACAACUGUGCAACUGGCCGUACAUCAAGGAACAAUGUUGUGAGACCUGUUUUUAUAAGUCGUAAAGCUUGUCAACAAACUCAUCUUUAUGGGAUAAACAAACACUAUUUUCACAAAAACAUUAUUUUUUUGCGAUGAAUAUUUUUUCUAUUCACAAAAUUGUUGAUCCAGCGUUGUGUAAAUGAAUAAGAAAUUCAAAAUAGUCCUGAGUCAAAAAGUGAGACGAAUCGAUAGAAAGUAUUAAUGUAGUGAAGGAAGAAGAAGAAAUUUUUAUUUAAAUAAAUUUAAAAAUUAAGUGCAAAGUAAAAUGCUGAUGUUAAUGACGAACUUAUUAAUUUAAAUUUGUAAUUAGCUUGUCCCACUAAUUUCUAAUAUAAAAAAAAUGAAUCCAAUUUAUGAGCAACAACCGAAAGCUACUGGAUUCAGAAGCUACACCACACUACUUUUAAGUAAAAUUCA